AUGACGUCGAAGCGCAAAUCGGAACCGGCGCCGGCCCAGAGCCCGGGGGUGGUGAAUCGGACUCAAGAAGCAGGAACUCGGCCACCGACUCGGAGCCUAACUCAGAGAGCUUCCGGUUCGAGUGACACGUCUGCACCUGACGCGCGGCGUGAGCUAUCGACGAGGACGACGAAGAAAGCCAGAAAGGACGCAGAACUCCAAGAUACGAAGUGCGGUGAAGUCCAAGAUGUGAUUUCCGGCAAAGACCGAGCCGUGAAGUCCGAAGAAGUCCAAGAGACGAAGUCCGGCGACAUGAAAGAGGCGAAUUCCGUCGAAGUCAGAAAAAGUCAAAAAGGCUUAGUCCGGCGCAGUCAAAAGGCGGAUUCCGGCAAAGACGAAGAGGCAAAGUCCGAAGAGGUCCACAAGGCGAAUUCCAGCGAAGGCCAAUCGGCGAGGGAAGAGGUGUACGAAGAAGUCGGUGAUGAAAAGGAAACGGGGACGAUUCGGAUGCUUCAAGAGGCUGCUGAUUCUCUGGGUGUAGACGAUUUUGAUGAUCAUGCUGAGGCUGUUGGUGAUCCGGAUAUAGGGGCUCAUCUACAGGAUCAGGAUAUAGAGUUUGUUGCUGCUCAGGCUCUUGGGGCUGGUCAGGAUCAGCAUCAUGAUCCCAACCCAGUAAUGUUCAGAGUAUAUGUUUUACCGGUAGAGGCUGCUUAUGAUGAAUGGAGAGAUCAUAUGGUCGCUGAGCUUAAUAAGGAUAAUUUCAAUAAUGUUCAAGAUUUUGAUGGUGCAGUUUGGGAGAUCCUGGCUAAUAGGGAUGGGGGAAUUCUGGACCCAGAUUAUUCUUAUAUAGUGGAGUUGGGAGAUCAUUGGAUUCCACUACCUGAGGAGAUCUUGAUCACUUGGAAUUGGGAGAAUUUCAAUGCAGUUGUGGAUGGGGCCAUUGAAUUUGUAUUGGUGGAAGAUGAUGACUGAUGAGGAUGCAGACGAUGCGAUUUGAUGUUCACUAUGCUCUCGGUUCACGCAUAGCGAUAC